AUGUUGCGAUCAACACCAUCGGGAACUUGGCUCCCCUCGUGGACUCCCGAGUCCACAUCGACCUUGUCCGUCUUCCUGAUGCUCUGCUCCGUGGUCCAGUCCACCACGGGCGGCUACGACGGAUCCAUGCUCAACGGACUCAACAUCUUGCCUUCGUACACUGACUAUUUCAAGCUCACACCCGCGACGCAGGGCCUCAACACGGCGUCCGUCUUCAUCGGGGGUUUCUUCGGCCCCAUGGUCGGGGGCGUCAUGUCUGAUAAACUCGGACGGCGACCAGCCCUGUUCUGGGCAUCCAUCAUCACCAUGGCUGGCAUCGUCCUGCAGAGCGCGGCGCAGAACGUAGCCAUGUUUGUCGUGGCUCGCGUCGUGCUCGGAUUCGGGGGCGGCAUCAGCAACGUUGCCGCCCCGGUGUAUCUCAGCGAAACCUUUCCAAGUCGCUGGCGUGCCUGGGGCGUUGGUCUGCUGAACAACUUCUAUUACGUCGGUGCGCUGAUGGCGGCGGGCGUUACCCUCGGCACGGGCAAGUGGGAUUCCACGUGGGCGUGGCGAUGCCCGUCUCUGUUGCAGGGUGUCUUCUCCCUUAUUUGCAUUCUGAUUCUGCCUUUUGUUCCAGAAUCUCCUCGAUGGCUGAUUCGCCAGGACCGAUAUGAGGAUGCUCGGUUGGUCGUGGCGCAGACCAACGCCGAUGGCAAUUUGACCGAUCCUGUUGCCAUGACGGUCUAUCAGGAGAUCGUCGACACGCUGGAGUGGGAGAAGAAGCAAGGCCGGACGAUGAGUCCCCUGGAGAUUGUCCAGAACCCAGUGGCGAGGAAGAGGGUUCUAAUUGGCGGUUCUGCUGGGCCGUUUUCAUGCAUCGCCGGCAAUAUCAUUGCGUCGUACUAUCUGGGCAACGAGCUGAGCACCGCGGGAGUGACGAGCUCCGAUGACCAGCUGAAAGCGGCAAGGCUGCUGAUUGCCUGUCUGUUCAUAAUUGGCGGUCUUUCGAAGAUCUAUGCCGACAACCCUGGUGGAGCGUCAAAGGGCCUCAUCUACGGCGAUGUCGCAGUCAUGUUCUUGUUCCAAGGAUUCUAUUCCAUUGCCUGGACGCCCUUGCUUACUCUUUAUCCCCCCGAAGUUAUGGACUACCCAACUCGGGCCAACGGCGUUGCGUUUUCGCAAUUCACCCUCAAUGGUUUGGCGAUGUUGCUCGUUUUCGUCAUGCCAAUCGGUCUGGAUAACAUUGGUUGGAGACUGUACAUGAUUAACGGAUCGUGGGACGUUAUUACGUUUCUCCUCAUUGCUGUAUUUUGGGUCGAAACAAAAGGCAAGACUCUCGAAGAGAUUGAUGCUAUUUUCGAGCGGGAGAGGCAUUCAUCCGCGCCUGGUGUAGAGGACGUGAGAAAAAGGAGAAUAACUGUUGAUGAGGUUCAGAUGGAGAAGCAGUUGCAGCAUCAGGAUGUCCGAGUGCGUGAAACUCUUGGCCAGUGA